AGUCGAAAAGUAUGCACGGCGUCAAGCGCGUGAUCGCAUUCUGCAUUCUAACCGCGGUCCUGCCGGCGUCCUUGAUCAUCCUGCCGCUCUACCUGCGCCACACCGUGUUUGCGGAUGUCGUGUACCCGAUAGCCGAAUCUGACAUUAUCGAAAUCCGGGACGGAAUCUCGUCGGUGUUUUGCCAAAAGCACACGCUGCAGAUGAACAGCACGUUCAACGCCUUUCAGCUCGACCACGAGCCGGAGGUGUCCAAAAAUCGGAAGCAUAUUCGGCUGAAAAAAUCUAUGUCCCUGCCGGAUGACACGCUCGAGUACUGGGGCUUUUAUCUGCUGAAGGGAGCUACCGUUGCGCUUAGGGUUUGCUCCCGGUACGACGGAUCGCGGAUACUGGUCGUGAAAGGCGAGAGAAACCUGCGAACUUGCGGGCUACUCGAGCACAACAACAACAAAAUCGAUAAUUAUCUUAACAAGGAUCACGGCCAGGUGCUGGUUACGUUUGAAUCCGCCGCAGAGUUUAUCGAGUAUUCAGGCGAACGGAAGGAAAUAGCAGAUUUACCCGACGAUGGAAACCACGGAGGAGAAGACUUUACGGAAGAACGUACGUCACCGGAAGAAUCGGGUUCGUUGCUGCAUCGGUUGCAACCCGCAAAAGAAACCCGUGCCCAUCAAGACGGUAGUGCUACCAACGAACUAGACAAGAACAAACGGACCACGGCGCAUGUUGUUACCUCCGAACACAAGGGCAAACAUGCAACCACAAAACGUAUCGGACGUCCAGUGUCAGUUACGACGCGAACAGUCCAACCGUCUGCCAUUACGACGACAUCGACGACAACUACAACAACCACCGAGCCGCCGCCAAGCACAACGGAAAAUCUGGCGAAGAAAUACCGAAAUUUUCGGGCAACUGAGGCAGGACCCUCAGCGGAAGCGUCCGUUGAUGACGGCAGCAUACAUAGGAAACGCCACAAUCACAACAAAACGGGUCAUCGGCAGCGUCCGGAAGCGGUUCCAACGAACGGUCGGGAAGAAAUCGUACAACCGGACAGUGUGGAUCGGUCGGAACCGCAAAAGCCGGAUUCAACCGGCACAGGUAAGCAGCGGCGCCGACGAAGACGCGAUCUGGUGUACGAUCGUGGGAUUCAUCACGGUGGUACCGCGAUGAACUACUCCAACAACACGUCUGAUUCGGUGUCAAGCUUCGAAAACAGUCUGCUCUCCUGCUACGACGGUGACAUCCUGUUGGCUCACAGUUUUCCACCAAGUAAAUCGUGCCAGAGCGUGAAGUAUCUCGAGGGCGCCUCGCAUACCGUCACGAAGCACGAGGUCGUGUCGGAUGGGUACUAUUACUAUAUUUUCUACAGCGACAACGAUUACGUGCAGAACGAUAUCCAUGCAAUGUUCGACAUCUACAAGCCCACGUUCCAGUACUCGAACAUAUCCGACUCAAAGGGCUGCAUAAACAGCACGCACUGCUCGUUUCCGAUAAGCUUUUGGUCGAAUGAGCGCGUAAUCGUUGAGGUACCGACCCGUGACGGAAUUGAGCAUGAGGAAGACGACAUCACGAUGCUUGUGUCUACGUGCCACCCACGAAUGGCCAUCUAUAUUAUCUUCCCGGUUAGCGUACUGCUGCUCGUGCUGACGUGCGCUUUCUUGUGAGCGAAGUUACGAACCCGUACCGGUCUGUUUAAUAAGUGAUUUCAUAUAAUUUUAAAAGGCAUGUAAUUUGAUAUAUUAUGAACCGUAAAUCUUUGUGCGGGGGACUGGAUUUUUGCACAGGUGCCAUUAGAAUGUUUCUCGACAGAUUCAAAACAAGGACGGUAGCACUUGACUAUGAAAGCAACUUAAAUAAUAUUCUUUUAACAAGCGAUGCGUGGUUUCAUGGCUCACAUACAAAGAGCUCAUUUGCUUCUAUUGGUAGUCACACAAGUAGUCAAAUACAAGUCAAACCAGUCUCCUUAUCGAAAUGUAUAAAGAAAAAAGCGAUUUGUAAAUUCAUAUGUCAACACGUGCUCUGGUUACCACGUGGUUGACACCAUACGAUCAUACAAUGCCCAGAAGAAGAAGGUUUUACUGAGGUGAUAAGGAAUCGUGCAAUAUCGUAUGAUAAAUCCAAAGAAUCUUAAAGUUUGUGGAUGAAGCAAAAGAUAGAAACAACCGGAGUUUGAAGUGAGAUUAUUAGCCAAAAGAAAGAAUAA